AUGCCGGGGGUGCCCCUCGCCCCGCUGCUGCUGCUGCUCCUGCUGAGCCCCCCGCCGCCCCCCGCCCGGGCAGCGCCCCCCGCCCGCGCCACCCCCCGCCCCCGAGGGCUGCCGACCCCCCCCGCCCAGCCCACGGGGGUGGGCACGGCGGCGGGACCCCCCAGAGGCGACGGGGGAUCCCCCCCGAGGGGCACCACGGCCGCCCCCCCGAGAGGCUCCGCGACGGGACCCCCCAAAGGCGGCGAGGGGUCCCCCCCAAAGGGCACGGCGGCGGGACCCCCCAAAGGCGGCGGGGGGUCCCCCCAGAGGGGCACCACGGCCGCCCCCCCGAGGGCCAGCACGACGGGACCCCCCAAAGGCAGCGGAGCGUCCCACCCGAGGGGCGCCACGACGGGACCCCCGAAAAGCAGCGGGGUGUCCCCUCCGAGGGGCACCACGACGGGCCCCCCCAAGGGCAGCGGGGUGUCCCCCCCGAGGGCAACCCCGGUGACCCCCCCGCGGGGCAGCGGGACGCCCCCCAGCCCCGGCCCCUCCCGGCGCGGGGGGCUGCGGGAGGGGGACCCCGCGGCCACAGCCCCGGCCCCAAAGGUCCCCGCGGUGAGGAAGAGGAAGGUGGUGGUGAGGAAGAAAGUGGUGAGGAAGAAGGUGGUGAGGAAGAAGAAGCCGAAGGCUCCGGCCGCCCCACAGGGACCCUCGUGCCCCCCCCUGGGGCUGGAAUCCCUGCGGGUGGACGACACGCAGCUCCACGCGUCCAGCCACAAACGCCCCGGGCUGGGCGCCCACCGGGGCCGCCUCAACAUCCAGUCGGGGCUGUACGACGGGGACCCCUUCGACGGCGGGUGGUGCGCGGGGCGGGAGGACGCGGGGCAGUGGCUGCGGGUGGACGCCCGGCGCCUCACCCUCUUCACCGGCGUGGUCACCCAGGGGCUCAACUCCAUCUGGACGUACGACUGGGUGACGUCCUACAAGGUGCAGGUCAGCAACGACUCCCACGCGUGGGUGCCGAGCAGGAACGGCUCCGAGGAGGCGGUGUUCCCCGGGAACAAGGACCCCGAGACGCCGGUGCUGAACGUGCUGCCCACGCCCCUGGUGGGGCGGUUCCUGCGCAUCAACCCCCAGAGCUGGUUCCCCAACGGCACCAUCUGCCUGCGGGCCGAGGUGCUGGGCUGCCCCCUGCCCGACCCCAGCGAUGCCUACGCCUGGCACGGCCCGGCCCCGCCCGCCUCCGACCUGGAUUUCCGACACCACAACUACAAGGAGAUGAGAAAGCUGAUGAAGCGGGUGAGCGAGGAGUGCCCCGACAUCACCCGCGUGUACAGCAUCGGGCACAGCUCCCGCGGGCGCCGCCUCUACGUCAUGGAGAUCUCCGACCACCCCGGGCAGCACGAGCUCGGGGAGCCCGAGUUCCGCUACGUGGCCGGGAUGCACGGGAACGAGGUGCUGGGCCGGGAGCUGCUGCUCAACCUCAUGGAAUACCUGUGCCGGGAAUUCCGGAGGGGCAACCCCCGCGUGGUGCAGCUGGUCACGGACACCCGCAUCCACCUGCUGCCCUCCAUGAACCCCGACGGAUACGAGACCGCCUACGAGCUGGGCUCGGAGCUGGCGGGCUGGGCCAUGGGCCGCUGGACCUACGAGGGCAUCGACCUCAACCACAACUUCGCCGACCUGAACACGGCGCUGUGGGACGCCGAGGACAACGACCUGGUGCCCCACGAGUUCCCCAACCACUACAUCCCCAUCCCCGAGUACUACACCCUGGCCAACGCCACGGUGGCCCCCGAGACGCGGGCGGUGAUCGCGUGGAUGCAGCGCUUCCCGUUCGUGCUGAGCGCCAACCUGCACGGGGGGGAGCUGGUGGUCACCUACCCCUUCGACAUGACCCGCACCUACUGGAAGGCUCAGGAGCUCACCCCCACGCCCGACGACGGCGUGUUCCGCUGGCUGGCCACGGUCUACGCCACCGCCAACCUGGCCAUGGCCAGCGGCGACCGCCGGCGCUGCCACUACGACGACUUCGCCCGCCUGGGCAACGUCAUCAACGGGGCCGACUGGCACACGGUGGCCGGCAGCAUGAACGACUUCAGCUACCUGCACACCAACUGCUUCGAGAUCACCGUGGAGCUCUCCUGCGACAAGUUCCCGCACGCCUCGGAGCUGCCCCACGAGUGGGAGAACAACCGCGAGUCCCUGCUGCUCUUCAUGGAGCAGGUGCACCGAGGGAUCAAGGGCGUGGUCCGGGACAGUGACACCGAGCAGGGCAUCCCCAACGCCAUCAUCGCCGUGGAUGGCAUCAACCACGACGUCCGCACCGCCGUGGACGGGGACUACUGGCGGCUGCUGAACCCGGGCGAGUACGAGGUGACGGCGCGGGCCGAGGGCUACGAGGCGGCCACGCGGUCGUGCUGGGUGUCCUUCGAGAACGUCCCGACCCCCUGCAGCUUCCGCCUGGAGCGGGCGCGGGGGCGGCCCCGGGGGUCCCGCCCGGCCCCCGACCCGACCCUGCGGCUGCGGCGGCAGCGCCUGCGCCGCCUGCGCGCCCACGGCCGCGGCCACCGGCCGGGACCGGCACCGGGACCGUGACCGGGGGCUCCCGGGGCCGCGGGCUCGGCCCGGGGGGCGCGGGGGGCGCGGGGGUCGGGGCCGGGGCGGGCGCGCCCGGCGGGACGGGACGGCUCCCAGUAAAGUUGGCUGCGCUGCCGCUGCGCCUCUGCGGGGCUGGGGGGGACCGGGAAUGACAACGGGACCGGGAACGGGAUCGGGAACGGGAUCGGGAAAGGGGCUGGACCGACCCCGGGGCCCGCGUGGGAACUACGGGAGGCCACGCCCCCUGUGGAGGCCACGCCCCCUCUCUGUCCAUCAAUGGCCCCUCCUCGCAAGCCCCGCCCACCCCCGCUGACCAACGGAGGCUCCGCCACAAACCCCGCCCCCAGUAGGCCCCGCCCCGACACCCAGUGGUCCCGCCCCCUUCCCCCUCGCUGGGCUCCCAUUGGCUGCUGGCGGCGGGUGGGCGGGGCUGGGGGCACCGGGCCCGGGGGGGAUGCGGGGGGUCCCUGGGAGGGUUCGGGGGGCCCGGGGGGCUCAUGGGGACAAUGAGGGGUUGGGCAGCGCUGGGACAAUGCGGGUUCCCCGCGCGGGGAGCCCGGGGAGCGAUGGGGCCGUGGGGACACUGGGGGGGCCAUGGGGACAACAGGGGGGUCCGGGCCGUGGGGGCACGGGGGGCUGUUGGGACUGGGGGGCACUGGGAGAGGGCCCAGGGGGUGCCGUGCCCGUGCCCUCAGGGGAACACGGGCCGGCAGAGGAAUUGGGCACCGGCACGCCCGGAGCCCCCGGGAGAACGGGAGAGGGGCACAGGAACUGGGCAUCGGCAUCGGACACCGGCACUGGGAGAGCUCGGGGGGCACAGGAGUCGGGACUGGUACCCCCCGAGCCCUGGCACAGCCCCGGGCCCACACACUUCUGGUACUGGCAUCGGAACCAGCACCCCCAGGAGAACCGGGAGGGCACAGGAACCAGCACCGGCACCCCCGAACCCCAGGGAGUGGGUGGCACACGGGCACGGGGGUGGCACGGGGGGGGCGGACCGUCGGGCCCCACACUGGGGGGUCUGCGGGGUGCAAAGGAGGGGCCGGGGUGGCCCCCCCUCAGCCCCCCGGGAGCCCUGCCAGGGCAGGGGUCCAGCUCCCCGGGGCGGGGGGGGCAGUGCCCUGCUUGGUCCUGAUGCCACCACGUCCCCUGGGGGGCUUCUGGCUGCCCAAGGGAACCGCAGGACCCCCACCCGCGUGUCCCUCCCACCCCCCCGCACCCCCCGGUGCCCGCGGGUCGGGCACUGCCCGAAAUAAAGGACUGUCCCCCACGCUGGGCUCAGCCGUUCUUCGGGGGGGUCCCCAGCACGACGGGGGUCCCCGGCACCGCACGGCCCCCCAUGGCCCCCCCGGGAAGGCUCCAGCGCGGGGCUGGCGGGGAUUUCACCCCAGACCCCCGAGGCAUCGCUGUGAUGACCCCCCCAGUCCCCUGUGCCAGCGGGGGGCUCUGGGCAGGGGGUGGGGGUCUCCUGCAGUGGGGACACCCCCUGGUGAGGGGCUGGACCCCCACCCCGGUUCGAUACGUUGCCGUUUGGACCCAGGGCUGCCCCAUCCCUUGGAUUGGGCGGGGAUGGGGGCCCGGGCAGUGGUUUUGUCUGUCCCCCCCCCACUGCUCGGGACCCCCAUGCCCUGUCCAGAUGCCGCUGCCCCCCGAUCCCCCCCCGUGACCCCACAACCUUCCCGGGAUGGGUUUAUGGCAUCAUCCCACCCCGGCGGCGGCGGCACUUCCCACCCGCGCCUGCGCUCCCCGCGCCGCCGGAGCCUCCGUGGGCCUGGGAACGGGCUGAACGAGGGGGAACCCCCCCGUGCUGCCACCGGGGACCCCCCAAAA